CACAAAUUUUAAAGAUAUUGGUUUUAUACAUGGUUUUACUAAUCCUACAUUUAUUGUUAUUCAUGAGAAUACCAUGGGUCAAUUUAUUAAAAUAAAAGAAUAUAUUUCUUUUGAUACAAUGAAACAUGUAAAGGGUUUAAAGACUAUUAAAUUAAUUGAUACAGAAUCUUCAAUGGUCAUUCCUGUUCCUGCACCUCUAAGUGGUGCUAUUAUUGUUGGUGGAAAUUCAAUUACAUAUAUUGAUGGCUCUAAUUAUAUUGCUCAUCUUCCCUUAAACCAGAAAAUUGAUAUUGUAUGUUAUACUAGAGUUGAUUUGGAAGGAACUAGAUAUUUACUUGGAGACAAAUCGGGAUGCUUGCUUAUGCUAUUUCUUAAGUGUGAAAAAACAUCAAUUGGAAAAUUUAAAGUUUCAGAUUUAAAUAUACGUAGUUUUGGGGAAAUUAAUAUACCUACAUCACUUACAUAUUUGGAUAACAAAGUAGUUUUUGUUGCGUCUAAAUAUGGUGACUCUCAACUCAUUAAAUUGCAUUAUGAAUUGAAUAAAACUGGUUCGCAUAUAACAGUAUUAGAUCAAUUUCUUAAUUUAGGACCAAUUGUUGACAUGUGCUUAGUUGAUACUAAACAACGUGGUUAUGAUCAAAUUGUUACUUGUUCGGGGGCAUAUAAAGAUGGAUCACUUAGAAUUAUAGACAAUGGAGUAGAGAUUCAACAGAGAGCCGAAAUUGAUUUGCUUGGAAUUAAAGGAAUUUGGACUUUAAGUUUUAAUACUAAAAGUGAUUUAGACGAUACAUUAGUAUUAUCUUUUGUUUGGCAUAGUAAAGUUUUAGACUGUAUUAAUGAAGAGUUUGAAGAAAUAUGUAUUGAAGGUUUUGAAACUGAGUUACAAACAUUUUACUGUGGUAAAACAUUAAAUAAUAAGAUGGUUCAAAUAACAUCUGCUAGUGUUCGGUUAAUUUGUAUGGAGUCAAAAAAAUUAAUAAGUGAAUGGAAAAUCCCAGAUUUCAGAAAUAUUAAUGCUGUAACAUGUAAUGGCCAACAAGCGAUUUGUGCUUCAGGAAAGGAUCUAUAUUACGUAUAUAUUGGAUCACAAAGCGUCUUUCAAAAUAAGCAUAUUACAUUAAAACAAGAAGUAUCCUGUCUCGAUAUUUGUUUAUAUAGAGACAAGUUUGAAAAAAUUAUCAUUUUGCUUGCUAUUGGCUUCUGGAAAGAUGUAUCAAUAAAAAUAUUUAAACUUCCAGAUUUUAUAGAACUUGUUAAUGAACUUUUAUUUGAAGGAAUUGUUCCUCGAUCAAUAUCCUUUGUAACAUUAGAAAAUAUGCACUACUUAUUUUGUGCAUUGGGAAAUGGAAGUUUAUUUUAUUUUGACUUAAAUGUUAAAACUGGUAUGUUAUGUAAAAAACGGAAGAUUGAACUUGGUAAUCAACCAGCUUUAAUCAAAAAGUGUCAAACUACAUCAAGUAUUUUUAUAUGUUCGGAUUCCCCAGUUUCAAUUCAUUCUUCUAAUAAAAAACUGGUUUUUACUAAAGUUAAUUCAAUAAAAGUUAAUAAUAUAUGUAUGAUCAAUACGGCUAAUUAUACCAAUUGUUUAAUUCUGGCAACAGAUACCAAUGUUAUAAUUGGUAUUAUUGAUUUGGAGAAAAAAUAUCAUGUGCGUACUAUUCCCCUAGGGGAAUCCCCUCGGCGAAUCGCAUACCAAGAAUCAAGCAAGACAUUUGGCAUAACAACUAUCAAAACAUAUAAUAAAAUUGAAAUUAGAAAUGGUUAUAUUCAUCCUAGUGCUAGUACUAGUACACAGAAUAUUUCUAGUGCAAUAGGAAAUCGUAUUGUUAUUGAUCAACUAUUGACAAGCAGAUGUAAAAGAAGAAAAUUCAAUUACAAUCCAGAAUUAGAAGUUAGUAAUAUGAUUAUAUUACAUCAAGAUACUUUUGAAAUUUUACAUGUAUAUCAAUUAUAUCCCAAAGAAUAUGCGCUAAGCAUACUAUCAACUAAAUUGGGAGAUGAUCCAAUCACAUAUUAUAUACUGGGAACCGCACUUAUGACAAGGCAAUCACAAGAUCCUAUAGAAGGACGAAUUAUUGUUUUCCAUUAUGAUUCUUCUUUAUCAGAACUGAUACAUAUUUCUGAAAAAGUUGUUGAUGGAGGAUGUUUUAGUAUGGUUAAAUUUCAUGACAUGCUUAUAGCUACAGUUAAUUCUUCAAUAAACUCAUAUAGCUGGACUUCUGAAAAAAAAUUAGUUCUUCAGUGCACUCAAAAUAAUAACAGUAUAUCUCAACAUGUUAAAACUAAUGGAAACUAUAUUCUUUGUGGUGAUUUAAUGAAAUCAUUAGCAUUAUUUACCAAAAGUGGUGAAAUCAAUUUGGAAAAGAUAGUUUCAGACGAUUGUCUUAAAUGGCCAUCUGCCAUAGAGAUUAUUGAUGAUGAAUUAUUUAUAGGAGCAGAAAACGAUAAAAACUUGUAUAUUUUUUAUAAAUCCAGUAAUUUAGGUUCUGAUAAUUUACAAUCUAAAAAUUUUCAAGCAAUUGGUCGAUUCCACUUGGGUGAUUUGGUAAAUAUCUUUAGACAUGGUUCAUUAAUUAUGAAACAAUUUGAAGAUACGUAUGAAACUAAGUUGUCAAUUAAAGGAAGUAUUAUUUAUGGCACAGUUAGUGGAGCUCUUGGAUUUAUUACAAAUAUGGAUCCAAAACUGUGUGGCUUUAUGUCAGAUUUUCAAAAUAGUUUAACUACUGUUGUUAACAAAGUGGAGACAUUGCCCGAUCAUCAUCAAACACAAUUUACAAAAUCUAAUAAAGGAUUUUUAGAUGGAAAUUUGUUUAAAAAAUUUUUGAAAUUGUCCAUUUCAAACAAGAAGUCAGUUAUUCGAGGACUAACGGAAUCGUAUAACUGUGAAUUCCAGAAAAUUUUUGAAGGUUCAGAAAUUGGUGUUAAAGAUGUAACGAGUCUCAUCGGAGAUUUAACUAAGAUGUACUAA